CUAAGGAUCCUGUUGUGGGACAGAGUAUGCUUAGUCACAGCUCUGCAGCACUGAGGGAGAGAAUAAAAGCUGUUGAAGUAGGAGACUAACUAAAUAAAGAGGUUCAGCUGUUGCUGCUCUUGUAGUAGUAUGUGUGAUCAGCUCUUUGGUUUCAGGGUCUAUUAGUUUGGCACAGGGCGAGCAGCCAAGAGGUGGGGUAUCCAUUCCCUAUUUGUCCUGGACAGACCAUCCACCUUCAGCUUUACAUAGAAGAACAUUUUUUCACCCAAGUCCUGCUGAGUUACUGUACCAUUCGGACUCUGGUGAACAGGGCAAGGACUCCAGACAUCGGGUUUCAACUUCAGGGACAGUUGCUACAGAUUUUCACUCCUGGGUCUGGAAGAGAGCUGAAGGGACCUGAACUGGACAAAGAAGAAAAUGAAUCUGUUAAUGAAGAAUCACCAGAAUUCAUAGAAGGGGAAAGACCUCGUCCUCAAGGCUCCUCGCCAGUAUAUGAAUACACAAUCAAAGAGGAAUACAGAGACAAACAGGUUGAGGAGGAAAUAGAUUCUACAUGUCAGCAAAGUACAGACUAUAAAAAAGGAAAAAGAAAAAGUGGACUUGGAGCAUUCUUUGAAAAGCACUUCUCUGCAAAAAUGAGUCAAACAGAGGAAUUUAGGCCUACAGAUGAGUCAGAUGAAAUUGUACGAACCGAAGCUGGAGCAUGUGCCAAGGCAAUAGUUGUAAGUGGAGGAGGAAAGGAGGGUAUAUUCGUCGAGCAAAUUAGGAAGGAUACGCCCGAAUCAAAGGUUCCGAGCAUGAGAGAAGGUGAUCAAAUACUCAGUGCUACGAUAUAUUUUGAUGAUGUCAAAUAUGAAGAUGCCCUUAAGAUCCUGGAACAUGCUGGGCCCUAUAAAACGCAAUUCUGUCUGAAACGCAAGACCCCUGUUAUAACAGACACUGACAGUUCAGCGACUGUGCAACAGCAGGAUUUUGCUCAAGGGGAAACAGACAAAACACUAAAAGGCACGUUUGAGGACCCUGAAGAAACAACUGUGGUAAGGGGCAGACCAAAAACAGUUAGAAGACAAGAUGCCAGGAUAUCAUGGCCUAAAUUCUCAUCAUUUACCAAAGAAAAAAUGAUGCAGUUCAAAAGGUCCCACAGCACUUCAGAAGCAGAGGAGCAUAAAAAGCUAGAUAUCAGUCUUUCUAACAGUGACAAUGAGUCUCCUAAUAAGUCUCAGGAACCUCUAAAAACUAAGAAAAAGCAGAAACUGAAGCAGCCAAGCCUAGGAAUGAGGGGCCUAAGGAGCAAAUCAGAGGAUCAACACGAUAAAGAAACCGUACCAGAAACUUCGGAACAUUUGGAAUUGAUAUGCAGAUAUCCUGAGGAUGAUAUGUCCGAAGUGCAAUCCUUAGAAGAUGCUGACAUCAGAAAAAGUGAAACAACACAUAUUUGUGGCUAUGAUUCAGAUCAAAGAAGUGACACUGCAAGAAUAAGAAAUGAAUAUUCAUUUUCAAAUGUCACAGGCCCUGAAGUUGAAAUCAUCCAACACAAAACUGAACUCUAUGAAUUGGAUAAAAUGCUUAAAACAACUAAUAUUUACAUGUGUGGACCAAAGCUGGAUACAGAUGUAGAACCCAGAGAUGAACUUAAAACUAAAAGAACACCAGAAAAAAAGAUAGAAAAGCCUAAUCUCAGAUCAGAACUAAAGGUAAAUAUCAUGGGAAAAGAAAAAAUCCAAGCCAGGGAUCCAGAGAUUCAAUUUACUAAGCCCAAAACUGAGGAGUCCCACUCUUUUCGUACAACUAAAACGUUAAUAAAAUGUUAUGAGGCAAAAUUAGGAGUAUCUACUGCUGCAAUUCAUGCAGAAAAAGGAAAUAUUCGGAUGCCAAAAGAACAACAUCGAAGAGAAAAUAUAGCUGCUGACAAGCCAAACUCUCACCCUAAAACAGGCAAACAAGAACCAAUACUCACACCAGAGGAUAUCAAGGGACCUUAUUUCGAUUAUGAUCUGGAAAGCAAAGAAAGCAAGGAAGCUAGACAAAGCAAUAUUCCCCAAAUACCAGGAACAGACAUUAGAGGUCAACAGUUAGAAAUGAGCAUGCCAAAUACAGAGAGACAAAUCAUACUAAAUGAAGAACAUGCUCCUAAGUUUGAUGUUGAUAUCAACACUGAAAAAGUAGACAUUUCUCUUCCAACAUCUGGGGUAAGGGUUCCAAAAAUAGAAGGCGGAUUGAGCUUACCAAAAGCAGAAAUCUCUCUUCCAAAGGCAGGCAUUGAUAUACAGGGACCACAGCUUACCAAGCCACAGAUAAAUGUUUCAGCAUCACAACCUGGUGUUGAUCUUAAAGGUCCAGAUAUAGACAUCAAAACACCUGAAGUAGCCUUUGAUGUCAAGGGAAAAGUCGAUGUAGAAGGGAAAGAAAAGAAGUUUAAAUUGCCCAAAAUUCCAGACUUUGAUGUUUCACUCCCCAAGGUCAAAGGUCCUGACAUUAAAUUCAGUCUGCCCAAAUCAGAGGCUGAUAUUUCAUUACCUGAAAGUGUUGAAAUCAAGGCUCCUGAUGUGGAAUUUGAAGCUCCAUCUCUUGAGGGAGCUGUGGACUUUCCUACAAUUGAAAAAGAGGCUGGGAAAGGAAAAUUCAAGAUGCCACAAAUGAAAAUACCUAAAUUUGGAAUUUCAACAACUGGGGUCAAGGCUCCAAAAAUAGAAGGUGAACUGAGCUUGUCAAAAGCAGAAAUCUCUCUUCCAAAGGCAGACAUUGAUAUACAGGGACCACAGCUUAAAACAAGUGGAACUGGCAUUGAUCUGAACCUACCUAAGCCACAGAUAAAGGUGUCUGCAGUACAAGCUGAUGUUGAACUUAAAGGUCCAGAUGUGGACAUGAAAGCACCUGAGUUAGACAUUGAUAUGAAGGGUAAAAGAAUCCAUGUAGAAGGGAAAGAAAGCAAGUUUAAAUUGCCCAAAAUGCCAGACUUUGAUGUUUCACUCCCCAAGGUCAAAGGUCCUGACAUUAAAUUCAGUCUGCCCAAAUCAGAGGCUGAUAUUUCAUUACCUGAAAGUGUUGAAAUCAAGGCUCCUGAUGUGGAAUUUGAAGCUCCAUCUCUUGAGGGAGCUGUGGACUUUCCUACAAUUGAAAAAGAGGCUGGGAAAGGAAAAUUCAAGAUGCCACAAAUGAAAAUACCUAAAUUUGGAAUUUCAACAACUGGGGUCAAGGCUCCAAAAAUAGAAGGUGAACUGAGCUUGCCAAAAGCAGAAAUCUCUCUUCCAAAGGCAGACAUUGAUAUACAGGGACCACAGCUUAAAACAAGUGGAACUGGCAUUGAUCUGAACCUACCUAAGUCACAGAUAAAGGUGUCUGCAGUACAAGCUGAUGUUGAACUUAAAGGUCCAGAUGUGGACAUGAAAGCACCUGAGUUAGACAUUGAUAUGAAGGGUAAAGGAAUCCAUGUAGAAGGGAAAGAAAGCAAGUUUAAAUUGCCCAAAAUGCCAGACUUUGAUGUUUCACUCCCCAAGGUCAAAGGUCCUGACAUUAAAUUCAGUCUGCCCAAAUCAGAGGCUGAUAUUUCAUUACCUGAAAGUGUUGAAAUCAAGGCUCCUGAUGUGGAAUUUGAAGCUCCAUCUCUUGAGGGAGCUGUGGACUUUCCUACAAUUGAAAAAGAGGCUGGGAAAGGAAAAUUCAAGAUGCCACAAAUGAAAAUACCUAAAUUUGGAAUUUCAACAACUGGGGUCAAGGCUCCAAAAAUAGAAGGUGAACUGAGCUUGUCAAAAGCAGAAAUCUCUCUUCCAAAGGCAGACAUUGAUAUACAGGGACCACAGCUUAAAACAAGUGAAACUGGCAUUGAUCUGAACCUACCUAAGCCACAGAUAAAGGUGUCUGCAGUACAAGCUGAUGUUGAACUUAAAGGUCCAGAUGUGGACAUGAAAGCACCUGAGUUAGACAUUGAUAUGAAGGGUAAAAGAAUCCAUGUAGAAGGGAAAGAAAGCAAGUUUAAAUUGCCCAAAAUGCCAGACUUUGAUGUUUCACUCCCCAAGGUCAAAGGUCCUGACAUUAAAUUCAGUCUGCCCAAAUCAGAGGCUGAUAUUUCAUUACCUGAAAGUGUUGAAAUCAAGGCUCCUGAUGUGGAAUUUGAAGCUCCAUCUCCUGAGGGAGCUGUGGACUUUCCUACAGUUGAAAAAGAGGCUGGGAAAGGAAAAUUCAAGAUGCCACAAAUGAAAAUACCUAAAUUUGGAAUUUCAACAACUGGGGUCAAGGCUCCAAAAAUAGAAGGUGAACUGAGCUUGCCAAAAGCAGAAAUCUCUCUUCCAAAGGCAGACAUUGAUAUACAGGGACCACAGCUUAAAACAAGUGGAACUGGCAUUGAUCUGAACCUACCUAAGCCACAGAUAAAGGUGUCUGCAGUACAAGCUGAUGUUGAACUUAAAGGUCCAGAUGUGGACAUGAAAGCACCCGAGUUAGACAUUGAUAUGAAGGGUAAAGGAAUCUAUGUAGAAGGGAAAGAAAGCAAGUUUAAAUUGCCCAAAAUGCCAGACUUUGAUGUUUCACUCCCCAAGGUCAAAGGUCCUGACAUUAAAUUCAGUCUGCCCAAAUCAGAGGCUGAUAUUUCAUUACCUGAAAGUGUUGAAAUCAAGGCUCCUGAUGUGGAAUUUGAAGCUCCAUCUCUUGAGGGAGCUGUGGACUUUCCUACAAUUGAAAAAGAGGCUGGGAAAGGAAAAUUCAAAAUGCCACAAAUGAAAAUACCUAAAUUUGGAAUUUCAACAACUGGGGUCAAGGCUCCAAAAAUAGAAGGUGAACUGAGCUUGUCAAAAGCAGAAAUCUCUCUUCCAAAGGCAGACAUUGAUAUAAAGGGACCAGAGCUUAAAGAUGUAGAAGGGAAAGAAAGCAAGUUUAAAAUGCCCAAAAUGCCAGAGUUUGACAUUUCCCUCCCCAAAGUCAAAGGUCCUGAUGUUAAAUUCAGUCGGCCCAAAGGAGAAAUCGAUAUCUCUGCACCAAAAACAAAAGAUGAGAUUAAGGGACCAGAGAUAGAUAUUGACGGUCCAUCUGUAGAAGGAGCUGUGGACGUCCCUAAAAUUGAAACAGACGGAGCUAAAGGAAAAUUCAAAAUGCCACACUUUAAAAUGCCUACAUUUGGCAUGUCAACCUCUGGGGUGAAGACUCCUAAAGUAGAAGGUGAAGUAAAGUUGCCAAAAGCAGACAUCUCUCUUCCAAAGACAGACAUUGACUUAAAAGAACCACAGCUAACGUCAUGUGAAACUGAUAUAGAUCUGAACAUUCCUAAACCUGAAAUAAAUGUGUCUGCAUCACAACCUGCUGUUGAUCUUACAGGUCCAGAUAUAGACAUUAAAACACCUGAAUUAGCCUUUGAUGUCAAGGGAAAAGCCGAUGUAGAAGGGAAGGAGAGCAAAUUUAAAAUGCCCAAAAUGCCAGAGUUUGAUAUUUCUAUCCCCAAAGUCAAAGGUCCUGACGUUAAAUUCAGUCUGCCCAAAGGAGAAAUCGAUGUCUCUGCACCAAAAACAGAAGUUGAGCUUAAGGGACCAGAGAUAGAUAUUGAAGGUCCAUUUGUAGAAGGAGCUGUGGACAUCCCUAAAAUUGAAACAGAGGGAGGAAAAGGAAAAUUCAAAAUGCCACACUUUAAAAUGCCUACAUUUGGCAUGUCAACAUCUGGGGUGAAGACUCCUAAAGUAGAAGGCGAAGUAAAGUUGCCAAAAGCAGACAUCUCUAUUCCAAAGACAGACAUUGACUUAAAAGGACCACAGCUAACAUCAGGUGAAACUAAUAUAGAUCUGAACCUUCCUAAACCUGAAAUAAAUGUGUCUGCCACACAACCUGCUGUUGAUCUUACAGGUCCAGAUAUAGACAUCAAAACACCUGAAUUAGCCUUUGAUGUCAAGGGAAAAGUCGAUGUAGAAGGGAAAGAGAGCAAAUUAAAAAUGCCCAAAAUGCCAGAGUUUGAUAUUUCUAUCCCCAAAGUCAAAGGUCCUGACGUUAAAUUCAGUCUGCCCAAAGGAGAAAUUGAUGCCUCUGCACCAAAAACAAAAGUUGAGCUUAAGGGACCAGAAAUAGAUAUUGAAGGUCCAUUUGUAGAAGGAGCUGUGGACAUCCCUAAAAUUGAAACAGAGGGAGGAAAAGGAAAAUUCAAAAUGCCACACUUUAAAAUGCCUACAUUUGGCAUGUCAACAUCUGGGGUGAAGACUCCUAAAGUAGAAGGUGAAGUAAAGUUGCCAAAAGCAGACAUCUCUAUUCCAAAGACAGACAUUGACUUAAAAGGACCACAGCUAACAUCAGGUGAAACUGAUAUAGAUCUGAACCUUCCUAAACCUGAAAUAAAUGUGUCUGCAUCACAACCUGCUGUUGAUCUUACAGGUCCAGAUAUAGACAUCAAAACACCUGAAGUAGCCUUUGAUGUCAAGGGAAAAGUCGAUGUAGAAGGGAAAGAGAGCAAAUUUAAAAUGCCCAAAAUGCCAGAGUUUGAUAUUUCUAUCCCCAAAGUCAAAGGUCCUGACGUUAAAUUCAGUCUGCCCAAAGGAGAAAUCGAUGUCUCUGCACCAAAAACAGAAGUUGAGCUUAAGGUACCGGAGAUAGAUAUUGAAGGUCCAUCUGUAGAAGGAGCUGUGGACAUCCCUAAAAUUGAAACAGAGGGAGGAAAAGGAAAAUUCAAAAUGCCACACUUUAAAAUGCCUACAUUUGGCAUGUCAACAUCUGGGGUGAAGACUCCUAAAGUAGAAGGUGAAGUAAAGUUGCCAAAAGCAGACAUCUCUAUUCCAAAGACAGACAUUGACUUAAAAGGACCACAGCUAACAUCAGGUGAAACUAAUAUAGAUCUGAACCUUCCUAAACCUGAAAUAAAUGUGUCUGCCACACAACCUGCUGUUGAUCUUACAGGUCCAGAUAUAGACAUCAAAACACCUGAAUUAGCCUUUGAUGUCAAGGGAAAAGUCGAUGUAGAAGGGAAAGAGAGCAAAUUUAAAAUGCCCAAAAUGCCAGAGUUUGAUAUUUCUAUCCCCAAAGUCAAAGGUCCUGACGUUAAAUUCAGUCUGCCCAAAGGAGAAAUUGAUGUCUCUGCACCAAAAACAGAAGUUGAGCUUAAGGUACCGGAGAUAGAUAUUGAAGGUCCAUCUGUAGAAGGAGCUGUGGACAUCCCUAAAAUUGAAACAGAGGGAGGAAAAGGAAAAUUCAAAAUGCCACACUUUAAAAUGCCUACAUUUGGCAUGUCAACAUCUGGGGUGAAGACUCCUAAAGUAGAAGGUGAAGUAAAGUUGCCAAAAGCAGACAUCUCUAUUCCAAAGACAGACAUUGACUUAAAAGGACCACAGCUAACAUCAGGUGAAACUGAUAUAGAUCUGAACCUUCCUAAACCUGAAAUAAAUGUGUCUGCAUCACAACCUGCUGUUGAUCUUACAGGUCCAGAUAUAGACAUCAAAACACCUGAAUUAGCCUUUGAUGUCAAGGGAAAAGUCGAUGUAGAAGGGAAAGAGAGCAAAUUUAAAAUGCCCAAAAUGCCAGAGUUUGAUAUUUCUAUCCCCAAAGUCAAAGGUCCUGACGUUAAAUUCAGUCUGCCCAAAGGAGAAAUUGAUGCCUCUGCACCAAAAACAGAAGUUGAGCUUAAGGGACCAGAGAUAGAUAUUGAAGGUCCAUUUGUAGAAGGAGCUGUGGACAUCCCUAAAAUUGAAACAGAGGGAGGAAAAGGAAAAUUCAAAAUGCCACACUUUAAAAUGCCUACAUUUGGCAUGUCAACAUCUGGGGUGAAGACUCCUAAAGUAGAAGGCGAAGUAAAGUUGCCAAAAGCAGACAUCUCUAUUCCAAAGACAGACAUUGACUUAAAAGGACCACAGCUAACAUCAGGUGAAACUGAUAUAGAUCUGAACCUUCCUAAACCUGAAAUAAAUGUGUCUGCAUCACAACCUGCUGUUGAUCUUACAGGUCCAGAUAUAGACAUCAAAACACCUGAAUUAGCCUUUGAUGUCAAGGGAAAAGUCGAUGUAGAAGGGAAAGAGAGCAAAUUUAAAAUGCCCAAAAUGCCAGAGUUUGAUAUUUCUAUCCCCAAAGUCAAAGGUCCUGAUGUUAAAUUCAGUCUGCCCAAAGGAGAAAUUGAUGUCUCUGCACCAAAAACAGAAGUUGAGCUUAAGGUACCGGAGAUAGAUAUUGAAGGUCCAUCUGUAGAAGGAGCUGUGGACAUCCCUAAAAUUGAAACAGAGGGAGGAAAAGGAAAAUUCAAAAUGCCACACUUUAAAAUGCCUACAUUUGGCAUGUCAACAUCUGGGGUGAAGACUCCUAAAGUAGAAGGUGAAGUAAAGUUGCCAAAAGCAGACAUCUCUAUUCCAAAGACAGACAUUGACUUAAAAGGACCACAGCUAACAUCAGGUGAAACUGAUAUAGAUCUGAACCUUCCUAAACCUGAAAUAAAUGUGUCUGCAUCACAACCUGCUGUUGAUCUUACAGGUCCAGAUAUAGACAUCAAAACACCUGAAUUAGCCUUUGAUGUCAAGGGAAAAGUCGAUGUAGAAGGGAAAGAGAGCAAAUUUAAAAUGCCCAAAAUGCCAGAGUUUGAUAUUUCUAUCCCCAAAGUCAAAGGUCCUGACAUUAAAUUCAGUCUGCCCAAAGGAGAAAUUGAUGUCUCUGCACCAAAAACAGAAGUUGAGCUUAAGGUACCGGAGAUAGAUAUUGAAGGUCCAUCUGUAGAAGGAGCUGUGGACAUCCCUAAAAUUGAAACAGAGGGAGGAAAAGGAAAAUUCAAAAUGCCACACUUUAAAAUGCCUACAUUUGGCAUGUCAACAUCUGGGGUGAAGACUCCUAAAGUAGAAGGUGAAGUAAAGUUGCCAAAAGCAGACAUCUCUAUUCCAAAGACAGACAUUGACUUAAAAGGACCACAGCUAACAUCAGGUGAAACUGAUAUAGAUCUGAACCUUCCUAAACCUGAAAUAAAUGUGUCUGCAUCACAACCUGCUGUUGAUCUUACAGGUCCAGAUAUAGACAUCAAAACACCUGAAUUAGCCUUUGAUGUCAAGGGAAAAGUCGAUGUAGAAGGGAAAGAGAGCAAAUUUAAAAUGCCCAAAAUGCCAGAGUUUGAUAUUUCUAUCCCCAAAGUCAAAGGUCCUGACGUUAAAUUCAGUCUGCCCAAAGGAGAAAUUGAUGCCUCUGCACCAAAAACAGAAGUUGAGCUUAAGGGACCAGAGAUAGAUAUUGAAGGUCCAUCUGUAGAAGGAGCUGUGGACAUCCCUAAAAUUGAAACAGAGGGAGGAAAAGGAAAAUUCAAAAUGCCACACUUUAAAAUGCCUACAUUUGGCAUGUCAACAUCUGGGGUGAAGACUCCUAAAGUAGAAGGCGAAGUAAAGUUGCCAAAAGCAGACAUCUCUAUUCCAAAGACAGACAUUGACUUAAAAGGACCACAGCUAACAUCAGGUGAAACUAAUAUAGAUCUGAACCUUCCUAAACCUGAAAUAAAUGUGUCUGCCACACAACCUGCUGUUGAUCUUACAGGUCCAGAUAUAGACAUCAAAACACCUGAAUUAGCCUUUGAUGUCAAGGGAAAAGUCGAUGUAGAAGGGAAAGAGAGCAAAUUUAAAAUGCCCAAAAUGCCAGAGUUUGAUAUUUCUAUCCCCAAAGUCAAAGGUCCUGACGUUAAAUUCAGUCUGCCCAAAGGAGAAAUUGAUGUCUCUGCACCAAAAACAGAAGUUGAGCUUAAGGGACCGGAGAUAGAUAUUGAAGGUCCAUCUGUAGAAGGAGCUGUGGACAUCCCUAAAAUUGAAACAGAGGGAGGAAAAGGAAAAUUCAAAAUGCCACACUUUAAAAUGCCUACAUUUGGCAUGUCAACAUCUGGCGUGAAGACUCCUAAAGUAGAAGGUGAAGUAAAGUUGCCAAAAGCAGACAUCUCUAUUCCAAAGACAGACAUUGACUUAAAAGGACCACAGCUAACAUCAGGUGAAACUGAUAUAGAUCUGAACCUUCCUAAACCUGAAAUAAAUGUGUCUGCAUCACAACCUGCUGUUGAUCUUACAGGUCCAGAUAUAGACAUCAAAACACCUGAAGUAGCCUUUGAUGUCAAGGGAAAAGUCGAUGUAGAAGGGAAAGAGAGCAAAUUUAAAAUGCCCAAAAUGCCAGAGUUUGAUAUUUCUAUCCCCAAAGUCAAAGGUCCUGACGUUAAAUUCAGUCUGCCCAAAGGAGAAAUCGAUGUCUCUGCACCAAAAACAGAAGUUGAGCUUAAGGUACCGGAGAUAGAUAUUGAAGGUCCAUCUGUAGAAGGAGCUGUGGACAUCCCUAAAAUUGAAACAGAGGGAGGAAAAGGAAAAUUCAAAAUGCCACACUUUAAAAUGCCUACAUUUGGCAUGUCAACAUCUGGGGUGAAGACUCCUAAAGUAGAAGGUGAAGUAAAGUUGCCAAAAGCAGACAUCUCUAUUCCAAAGACAGACAUUGACUUAAAAGGACCACAGCUAACAUCAGGUGAAACUGAUAUAGAUCUGAACCUUCCUAAACCUGAAAUAAAUGUGUCUGCAUCACAACCUGCUGUUGAUCUUACAGGUCCAGAUAUAGACAUCAAAACACCUGAAGUAGCCUUUGAUGUCAAGGGAAAAGUCGAUGUAGAAGGGAAAGAGAGCAAAUUUAAAAUGCCCAAAAUGCCAGAGUUUGAUAUUUCUAUCCCCAAAGUCAAAGGUCCUGACGUUAAAUUCAGUCUGCCCAAAGGAGAAAUUGAUGCCUCUGCACCAAAAACAAAAGUUGAGCUUAAGGUACCGGAGAUAGAUAUUGAAGGUCCAUCUGUAGAAGGAGCUGUGGACAUCCCUAAAAUUGAAACAGAGGGAGGAAAAGGAAAAUUCAAAAUGCCACACUUUAAAAUGCCUACAUUUGGCAUGUCAACAUCUGGGGUGAAGACUCCUAAAGUAGAAGGUGAAGUAAAGUUGCCAAAAGCAGACAUCUCUAUUCCAAAGACAGACAUUGACUUAAAAGGACCACAGCUAACAUCAGGUGAAACUGAUAUAGAUCUGAACCUUCCUAAACCUGAAAUAAAUGUGUCUGCAUCACAACCUGCUGUUGAUCUUACAGGUCCAGAUAUAGACAUCAAAACACCUGAAGUAGCCUUUGAUGUCAAGGGAAAAGUCGAUGUAGAAGGGAAAGAGAGCAAAUUUAAAAUGCCCAAAAUGCCAGAGUUUGAUAUUUCUAUCCCCAAAGUCAAAGGUCCUGACGUUAAAUUCAGUCUGCCCAAAGGAGAAAUUGAUGCCUCUGCACCAAAAACAGAAGUUGAGCUUAAGGGACCAGAGAUAGAUAUUGACGGUCCAUCUGUAGAAGGAGCUGUGGACAUCCCUAAAAUUGAAACAGAGGGAGGAAAAGGAAAAUUCAAAAUGCCACACUUUAAAAUGCCUACAUUUGGCAUGUCAACAUCUGGGGUGAAGACUCCUAAAGUAGAAGGUGAAGUAAAGUUGCCAAAAGCAGACAUCUCUAUUCCAAAGACAGACAUUGACUUAAAAGGACCACAGCUAACAUCAGGUGAAACUGAUAUAGAUCUGAACCUUCCUAAACCUGAAAUAAAUGUGUCUGCAUCACAACCUGCUGUUGAUCUUACAGGUCCAGAUAUAGACAUCAAAACACCUGAAGUAGCCUUUGAUGUCAAGGGAAAAGUCGAUGUAGAAGGGAAAGAGAGCAAAUUUAAAAUGCCCAAAAUGCCAGAGUUUGAUAUUUCUAUCCCCAAAGUCAAAGGUCCUGACGUUAAAUUCAGUCUGCCCAAAGGAGAAAUUGAUGUCUCUGCACCAAAAACAGAAGUUGAGCUUAAGGGACCGGAGAUAGAUAUUGAAGGUCCAUCUGUAGAAGGAGCUGUGGACAUCCCUAAAAUUGAAACAGAGGGAGGAAAAGGAAAAUUCAAAAUGCCACACUUUAAAAUGCCUACAUUUGGCAUGUCAACAUCUGGGGUGAAGACUCCUAAAGUAGAAGGUGAAGUAAAGUUGCCAAAAGCAGACAUCUCUAUUCCAAAGACAGACAUUGACUUAAAAGGACCACAGCUAACAUCAGGUGAAACUAAUAUAGAUCUGAACCUUCCUAAACCUGAAAUAAAUGUGUCUGCAUCACAACCUGCUGUUGAUCUUACAGGUCCAGAUAUAGACAUCAAAACACCUGAAGUAGCCUUUGAUGUCAAGGGAAAAGUCGAUGUAGAAGGGAAAGAGAGCAAAUUUAAAAUGCCCAAAAUGCCAGAGUUUGAUAUUUCUAUCCCCAAAGUCAAAGGUCCUGACGUUAAAUUCAGUCUGCCCAAAGGAGAAAUUGAUGCCUCUGCACCAAAAACAAAAGUUGAGCUUAAGGGACCAGAAAUAGAUAUUGAAGGUCCAUUUGUAGAAGGAGCUGUGGACAUCCCUAAAAUUGAAACAGAGGGAGGAAAAGGAAAAUUCAAAAUGCCACACUUUAAAAUGCCUACAUUUGGCAUGUCAACAUCUGGGGUGAAGACUCCUAAAGUAGAAGGUGAAGUAAAGUUGCCAAAAGCAGACAUCUCUAUUCCAAAGACAGACAUUGACUUAAAAGGACCACAGCUAACAUCAGGUGAAACUGAUGUAGAUCUUAACCUUCCUAAACCUGAAAUAAAUGUGUCUGCAUCACAACCUGCUGUUGAUCUUACAGGUCCAGAUAUAGACAUCAAAACACCUGAAGUAGCCUUUGAUGUCAAGGGAAAAGUCGAUGUAGAAGGGAAAGAGAGCAAAUUUAAAAUGCCCAAAAUGCCAGAGUUUGAUAUUUCUAUCCCCAAAGUCAAAGGUCCUGACGUUAAAUUCAGUCUGCCCAAAGGAGAAAUCGAUGUCUCUGCACCAAAAACAGAAGUUGAGCUUAAGGUACCGGAGAUAGAUAUUGAAGGUCCAUCUGUAGAAGGAGCUGUGGACAUCCCUAAAAUUGAAACAGAGGGAGGAAAAGGAAAAUUCAAAAUGCCACACUUUAAAAUGCCUACAUUUGGCAUGUCAACAUCUGGGGUGAAGACUCCUAAAGUAGAAGGUGAAGUAAAGUUGCCAAAAGCAGACAUCUCUAUUCCAAAGACAGACAUUGACUUAAAAGAACCACAGCUAACAUCAGGUGAAACUGAUAUAGAUCUUAACCUUCCUAAACCUGAAAUAAAUGUGUCUGCAGCACAACCUGCUGUUGAUCUUACAGGUCCAGAUAUAGACAUCAAAACACCUGAAUUAGCCUUUGAUGUCAAGGGAAAAGUCAAUGUAGAAGGGAAAGAGAGCAAAUUUAAAAUGCCCAAAAUGCCAGAGUUUGAUAUUUCUCUCCCCAAAGUCAAAGGUCCUGACAUUAAAUUCAGUCUGCCCAAAGGAGAAAUUGAUGCCUCUGCACCAAAAGCAGAAGUUGAGCUUAAGGGACCAGAGAUAGAUAUUGAUGGUCCAUCUGUAGAAGGAGCUGUGGACAUCCCUAAAAUUGAAACAGAGGGAGGAAAAGGAAAAUUCAAAAUGCCACACUUUAAAAUGCCUACAUUUGGCAUGUCAACAUCUGAGGUGAAGACUCCUAAAGUAGAAGGUGAAGUAAAGUUGCCAAAAGCAGACAUCUCUAUUCCAAAGACAGACAUUGACUUAAAAGGACCACAGCUAACAUCAGGUGAAACUGAUGUAGAUCUUAACCUUCCUAAACCUGAAAUAAAUGUGUCUGCAUCACAACCUGCUGUUGAUCUUACAGGUCCAGAUAUAGACAUCAAAACACCUGAAGUAGCCUUUGAUGUCAAGGGAAAAGUCGAUGUAGAAGGGAAAGAGAGCAAAUUUAAAAUGCCCAAAAUGCCAGAGUUUGAUAUUUCUAUCCCCAAAGUCAAAGGUCCUGACGUUAAAUUCAGUCUGCCCCAAGGAGAAUUCGAUGUCUCUGCACCAAAAGCAGAAGUUGAGCUUAUGGGACCAGAGAUAGAUAUUGACGGUCCAUCUGUAGAAGGAGCUGUGGACAUCCCUAAAAUUGAAACAGAGGGAGGAAAAGGAAAAUUCAAAAUGCCACACUUUAAAAUGCCUACAUUUGGCAUGUCAACAUCUGGGGUGAAGACUCCUAAAGUAGAAGGGGAAGUAAAGUUGCCAAAAAAAGACAUCUCUAUUCCAAAGACAGACAUUGACUUAAAAGGACCACAGCAAACAUCAGGUGAAACUAAUAUAGAUCUGAACCUUCCUAAACCUGAAAUAAAUGUGUCUGCAGCACAACCUGCUGUUGAUCUUACAGGUCCAGAUAUAGACAUCAAAACACCUGAAUUAGCCUUUGAUGUCAAGGGAAAAGUCAAUGUAGAAGGGAAAGAGAGCAAAUUUAAAUUGCCAGACUUUGAUAUUUCUCUUCCCAAAGUUAAGGGUCCUGACAUUAAAUUCAGUCUGCCCAAAGGAGAAAUUGAUGCCUCUGCACCAAAAGCAGAAGUUGAGCUUAAGGGACCAGAGAUAGAUAUUGAUGGUCCAUCUGUAGAAGGAGCUGUGGACAUCCCUAAAAUUGAAACAGAGGGAGGAAAAGGAAAAUUCAAAAUGCCACACUUUAAAAUGCCUACAUUUGGCAUGUCAGCAUCUGGGGUGAAGACUCCUAAAGCAGACGGGGAAGUAAAGUUGCCAAAAGUAGUCAUCUCUAUUCCAAAGACAGACAUUGACUUAAAAGGACCACAGCUAACAUCAGGUGAAACUGAUGUAGAUCUUAACCUUCCUAAACCUGAAAUAAAUGUGUCUGCAGCACAACCUGCUGUUGAUCUUACAGGUCCAGAUAUAGACAUCAAAACACCUGAAGUAGCCUUUGAUGUCAAGGGAAAAGUCGAUGUAGAAGGGAAAGAGAGCAAAUUUAAAAUGCCCAAAAUGCCAGAGUUUGAUAUUUCUAUCCCCAAAGUCAAAGGUCCUGACGUUAAAUUCAGUCUGCCCAAAGGAGAAAUUGAUGCCUCUGCACCAAAAGCAGAAGUUGAGCUUAAGGGACCAGAGAUAGAUAUUGACGGUCCAUCUGUAGAAGGAGCUGUGGACAUCCCUAAAAUUGAAACAGAGGGAGGAAAAGGAAAAUUCAAAAUGCCACACUUUAAAAUGCCUACAUUUGGCAUGUCAACAUCUGGGGUGAAGACUCCUAAAGUAGAAGGGGAAGUAAAGUUGCCAAAAAAAGACAUCUCUAUUCCAAAGACAGACAUUGACUUAAAAGGACCACAGCAAACAUCAGGUGAAACUAAUAUAGAUCUGAACCUUCCUAAACCUGAAAUAAAUGUGUCUGCAUCACAACCUGCUGUUGAUCUUACAGGUCCAGAUAUAGAUAUCAAAACACCUGAAUUAGCCUUUGAUGUCAAGGGAAAAGUCAAUGUAGAAGGGAAAGAGAGCAAAUUUAAAUUGCCAGACUUUGAUAUUUCUCUUCCCAAAGUUAAGGGUCCUGACAUUAAAUUCAGUCUGCCCAAAGGAGAAAUUGAUGCCUCUGCACCAAAAACAAAAGUUGAGCUUAAGGUACCGGAGAUAGAUAUUGAAGGUCCAUCUGCAGAAGGAGCUGUGGACAUCCCUAAAAUUGAAACAGAGGGAGGAAAAGGAAAAUUCAAAAUGCCACACUUUAAAAUGCCUACAUUUGGCAUGUCAACAUCUGGGGUGAAGACUCCUAAAGUAGAAGGUGAAGUAAAGUUGCCAAAAGCAGACAUCUCUAUUCCAAAGACAGACAUUGACUUAAAAGGACCACAGCUAACAUCAGGUGAAACUAAUAUAGAUCUGAACCUUCCUAAACCUGAAAUAAAUGUGUCUGCAGCACAACCUGCUGUUGAUCUUACAGGUCCAGAUAUAGACAUCAAAACACCUGAAUUAGCCUUUGAUGUCAAGGGAAAAGUCGAUGUAGAAGGGAAAGAGAGCAAAUUUAAAAUGCCCAAAAUGCCAGAGUUUGAUAUUUCUAUCCCCAAAGUCAAAGGUCCUGACAUUAAAUUCAGUCAGCCCAAAGGAGAAAUUGAUGCCUCUGCACCAAAAACAGAAGUUGAGCUUAAGGUACCGGAGAUAGAUAUUGAAGGUCCAUCUGCAGAAGGAGCUGUGGACAUCCCUAAAAUUGAAACAGACGGAGGAAAAGGAAAAUUCAAAAUGCCACACUUUAAAAUGCCUACAUUUGGCAUGUCAACAUCUGGGGUGAAGACUCCUAAAGUAGAAGGUGAAGUAAAGUUGCCAAAAGCAGACAUCUGUUUUCCAAAGGCAGGCCUUGACUUAAAAGGACCACAGCAAACAUCAGGUGAAACUGACAUGGAUUUGAACCUUCCUAAACCUGAAAUAAAUGUGUCUGCAGCACAACCUGCUGUUGAUCUUACAGGUCCAGAUAUAGACAUCAAAACACCUGAAUUAGCCUUUGGUGUCACGGGUAAUGUCGAUGUAGAAGGGAAAGAUAGUAAAUUUGUAAUGCCCAAAAUGCCAAAGUUUGAUAUUUCUCUUCCCAAAGUCAAAGGACCUGACAUUAAAUUCAAUCUGCCCAAAAAAGAAAUUGAUGCCUCUGCACCAAAAAGAGAAGUUGAGCUUAAGGGACCAGAGAUAGAUUUUGAAGGUCCAUCUGUAGAAGGAGCUGUGGACAUCCCUAAAAUUGAAACAGAGGGAGGAAAAGGAAAAUUCAAAAUGCCACACUUUAAAAUGCCUACAUUUGGCAUGUCAACAUCUGGGGUGAAGACUCCUAAAGUAGAAGGUGAAGUAAAGUUGCCAAAAGCAGACAUCUGUUUUCCAAAGGCAGGCCUUGACUUAAAAGGACCACAGCAAACAUCAGGUGAAACUGACAUGGAUUUGAACCUUCCUAAACCUGAAAUAAAUGUGUCUGCAGCACAACCUGCUGUUGAUCUUACAGGUCCAGAUAUAGACAUCAAAACACCUGAAUUAGCCUUUGGUGUCACAGGUAAUGUCGAUGUAGAAGGGAAAGAUAGUAAAUUUGUAAUGCCCAAAAUGCCAAAGUUUGAUAUUUCUCUUCCCAAAGUCAAAGGACCUGACAUUAAAUUCAAUCUGCCCAAAAAAGAAAUUGAUGCCUCUGCACCAAAAACAGAAGUUGAGCUUAAGGGACCAGAGAUAGAUUUUGAAGGUCCAUCUGUAGAAGCAGCUGUGGACAUCCCUAAAAUUGAAACAGAGGGAGGAAAAGGAAAAUUCAAAAUGCCACUCUUUAAAAUGCCUACAUUUGUCAUGUCAACAUCUGCGGUGAAGACUCCUAAAGUAGAAGGCGAAGUAAAGUUACCAAAAGCAGACAUCUCUAUUCCAAAGACAGACAUUGACUUAAAAGGACCACAGCUAACGUCAGGUGAAACUGAUAUAGAUCUUAACCUUCCUAAACCUGAAAUAAAUGUGUCUGCAUCACAACCUGCUGUUGAUCUUGAUGGUCCAGAUGUAGACAUCAAAACAUCUGAAUCAGCCUUUGGUGUCACGGGUAAUGUCGACAUAAAAGGGAAAGAUAGCAAAUUUAAAACGCCCAAAAUGCCAGAGUUUAAUAUUUCUCUCCCCAAAGUCAAAAGUCCUGAUUUUAAAUUUACUAUGCCCAAAGGAGAAAAUGAUGUCUCUGCACCAAAAACAGAAGUUGAGCUUAAGGGACCGGAGAUAAAUAUUGAAGGUCCAUCUGUAGAAGGAGCUGUGGGCAUUCCUAAAAUUGAAACAGACGGAGGAAAAGGAAAAUUCAAAAUGCCACGAUUUAAAAUGCCUACAUUUUCAGUGUCACCAUCUGGGGUUAAGGCUCCUAAAACUGAAGCUGGUGUAAGCUUGCAAAAAACAGACAUCAAAUUAAAAGGAUCACAGCUCACAUCAGGUGGAACUGACAUCGAUCUGAACCUGCCUAAACCUGAGAUAAAUAUGUCACUAACUCAACCUGCUGUUGAUCUUAAAGGUCCGGAUGUAAAUAUCGAAGCACCAGCUUUAGGGGGUGACAUCAAACAUAAAGGAGUCAAGUUUGGACUUUCAAAGACAAAUGUCAAAUUUACUGAAUUAGAUUCAGAUGUGAAUUUACCUGAAGGAGAUAUAUCGAUUCCAAAAGUGGAAUUAGAUGUUAAAGGGUAUGUGAUGGAAAUGAAAGAUCAAAAAAUGCAAACUCCACUUAAAGACAAAGAGAUUGAUGUUCAAGGGUCUCAUAGCCCAUUUAAACUACCAAUGUUCAAAAUGCCUAAGUUUGGUUUUCCUGGUCCUAUAGUUAAAUCAGGGACUCCUAAUACAGAUGCAGAAAUCACAGUCCCUGAAAUAGAUGUUUCAUUAGGCAAACCAGAAGCUGAAUCCCUUAAAAUGAACAUUCAAGAGCCAAUUGAUAAGGCAAAAGAAGAAACCACAGACUGUGACUUUAAAAUUGAUGUUCCACUCUCAAAGGACAAGGGUUCUGAAAUAGAGUGCAGCAUAUCAAAACCAGACUUUGAUACAACUUUGCCAAAAUCAGAUGCAGGCGCCAAAGGACCACAGUUAAAGACAUGUGAACUUUUACCAGAAAAUGUUGAGGCUGAUAAAAAAGAUUCUCAUCAAACAUCAGACAUCAAAAUGGACUCAGGCGGGAAGCAUACAUUAUCCAAAAUACGCCUGCCAGGGUUUGGAGAAUUGUUUAAAGGGCUAGAUCUUGAAUUUCAUUUGCCUGGUUUAGAUCCUGAUGCUUCUUCACCAGAAAUAGAGGAAGUAACUUUGCCAGGAUCAGCAGCCAGAACUGCUCACGUUGAGGUAAAUGAUGGUACAUCCAAUGUCCUUGGAGAGGUGAUUGUUGGAACACCUAUAGUUCAAAUUUCUCAGCACAGCACAAAAAAUAAGCACAGCACAAAAAAUAAGGAGAAGUCUGGUAAAUUUACGUUUAGGUUUCCGAAGUUUACUGAUUCUUCUGAAGAAAGCAACAAGACAGAAACAAUAAGUGCUGCUGAUGAAUUAAAGACUUCUGAAACUACUGAAAAAAAUGAAACCACGGCAAAAAGUGAAAAAAGUGGUUGGUUUACUUUUCCAAAACUAGGGCAUUCCUCUCCUUCAAAAAAGACAAAGGAUUCUGAUAAAGAGAAGCUUGACACCCCUACUGAAGAGUUAAGUGGAAGCUUUUCUGCUGAUGUUGAUGUUGUUCAAGGAGAUGUCAAAUCAACUGAAAGCCUGCAGGGUGUUGGUUCCAGCAUGGUUAUUGAAUCAGUUGCUACUCCUUCAAAAGUUACAGUGAGAUACACAAAACCAGACAUCUUGCUAGCUGACCGUGAUGUGAAGGUUCCCAGUGAUAUUAUUACAUCAACAGCCAGAACAGAGUUAAUUCUACUAGAACCAAAAUUACCUGAAAAAAUAAAUACCGACGCUGUUCCCUCAUCAGGAGAUGAAUCCCAACAGUGUGCUGUGACCAGUGCCACAACUGUGAAAGGGGAUAUAACAACACCGGGAAAAAUCACAACCUUUAAGUCUUCCACACAAAAAGGCACACCUACCAUUGAACAUUCAACAGUUAUCACUAAAUCUCAAACAGAAUGCAAAUUACCUGUCGAAAAAGUUACUGUGAAACUGGGCUAUGCACCUUGGUUGUCUGAAGAAACAACUAAAACAAGUUUUAAUGUGCCCACAGGAAAGCGUGUCUCAGUUGAAAAGCAUGUUGUGAAACAAAGAUUUGGUGAGGAGAAGGAAACAGUUGUGAUAACCAAAAGAAUUCCGUCAGAGCAAGGGUGUACAGCUUCAGGAAAGGUGCUAUCAGCGGAGGCAAUUUCGUCAAUCCAAAAGUUAAAAGACACAAUGCACUCUGAAAAAAUGAAGUUCUUUGAAACUUCAGAACUGCCUACAGCAGCAUCAAGCAGUGAUGCAACAGUAAAAAAAGAAUCUCAAAAGAGUGUUACAAGCAAAGAGAUGUAGGCACAUGUUUAAAAUGUUAUUGUUUCCACCUGCCAUUGCUUUGGACUUAUUGCAUCUCUAUUACUGUUAAAUUGUCUUAUGGAUUCAUCUCUGCAUACGUGUACGUAUUUAAGGCUAGAGCUAUGUUAUAAAAUGUCUAGUAAUAUACAUUUAACAUACUCCAGAUUAACACAUACUAUACGUUUGUUUAUUAGGUAUGAUUGACAAUGCUAUACCUGUUCUACAUCUAGUACAAUAUCGCUGACCUGAGCUACUACACUAUAAAUUACACAUAUGAUAAUGUUAAACAUACACUCCUUGCAAACAUGUAAAGACCUGUACCCUAACAUGAAUCAUGCAAUAUUGUAUUGUGAACAAUACAACACAACAGGUAAGGAAGUUCAUUCGGUGUAGGGCUUAAGACUUUUAUAAAUAAAAAAAACAAAAAACAAAAAAACAAACAUUAAUAUACAGUAUAUUAUCAUGGAGUUAAAAGAUUCAGUUCAUAUAAUCAGUUUAGAUAAAUGACAUUCAAAUUUUAUUUGAGGAUUUAAAAAAAUCAAAAGCAAUGGUUUAUGAGGCUGGCUAUGAAAUUCUUUUCAAAUGUAUAAAGUGUGGAAAGAUUUGGUGUAAAUAUACUGUAUGCGUUAUUUCUUGGGUUUACUUUAUUGAUAGAAUCACAAGUUUAUUUUUCUGCUUUAUCUGUAUUAAUGCAAUCAAUAUAUUUGAAAAUGAAUAUUCAAUAAAAUAUAUAUUAAAAAAAAACUAAAAUAGUAAUCUGUGGGCUUAUUGCAUAAGACUGUGGACCAUGUGAAUGCAUUUUAAGCUGUAACAGUUAUUCAUUUCAGAACUGAAUAAAUAUAUAUAUAUGUACCAUAUAAUUGCACAACAAGGUAUAUGGGCUUAUAUUUGGGUAUACUCUGUUUUUUUCUGUGAAAAUGCAAUUACCGUACUUGUUUGGUUUUGUAUGUUAACCCAAGAUGUGGGAGCUAAGAGGUUUACAAAGUUGCAUCACUAUAGA